UGAUGACAGGUUCUUCCAGACUGUGUGUGAAUCCAUCCCUGUGAGGUCCAGAGAAGAGGACCAGCAGUUGGCCUCUCUUCUCCAGGCCUUGGGCUCCACCCUGUCACUGGGAGGAGAGUUACCCAGGAAAACCUGCAGGUCUGUGGGGAGAGUCCUGGGUCUCUGUGCCUCCAGAGUGGACCUUACUCUCACCCCCAGCAAGAUCUCUCUCAAAGGAGCCUUACUUCUUUUGAGACAUGAGUCAAAGCUCCACAAGCUCAGGCUGAGUGUGGGUAUGGCAGUGAAACUGUCCAGACUGGUUAGGAGGACAGGGAGAGGUGCUACUCCACUGACUGUCCCAGAACUCUCCCUGGUCCUAAAGAGCAGCCAUCUACCAGAGAGAGUGUUAUCCAGGGCUCUGAGUAGUGUGGCGUCCCUGCUGAGACUCUGGAGGGUUCAGUGUCUGGACCUGACUGACUUCUGGAUCCAGGGUCACUCUCUCAUCACACUGCUGUGUCACCAGGGACCUCUCUCUCUCAGACUGAACUCAGACACUCUGCAGCAGCUGACUGUAGUUGUGUAUGAAGCUCAGGACAAGGACUUGACUCAGUUGUUCCUGGAGAAGGUUGGUGGAGACCUGACCUCCUGCAGGCUGGACUGGGAAGUGCUUCUCUCUCUGCUGCAGCUUUCAACCCACAACAUCACUGUGGACCUCAGGAAGAACCGGCUUCUAGAGAAGAACAUCUCAGAUCUUCUCCCCUUUCUGGGAAGGGUUACUCUCAAGAGGUCCAGUUCCAGCGUUGUAAAGUCCACCAUCAGACACAUCUAUAACAGUAGAGACACUGACUGUGUGUCCAGUUUGUUGAGGUCUUCAGACCAUUGGAUCAACCUGAACAGCAGAGAGCUGGACAGAGUGGACUGUACUGCUCUGUGUUUUACCCUGCAGCACAGCCACCAAGUCAAAGUCAACCUGCUGUGGACCUCCGUACCACCGGGGGAGAUAGAGAGCAUCCUGCCUCUUCUGGACAGAGUCUCCCAACUCAGUGUUGACAGGAAGUUACUGUUGAGUUUCCUCCAGUGCUGUGUUGCCUCUCAGGUCCAGGAGGGGGCACCAUCACCACCAACAGCAGUAUGGCUGCUCAGGUCUCUGCACUACAGGCUGGACUUCUCCUGCUCUUCCUCUGUGGACCUGUUAGCUCAGGACCAGGAGAAGGCUCUGUGUCUGACCACUGACCACUGCAGGGCCAUCAACUCUGUUCUGAAGCAGAACCAACACAGCACCCAGCUGGUCCAGAACCAGGUCCAGCUCAUCCUAAGAGACUGUGAGGUGGAGGACAGAGCACUUUGGGAGCUGCUUCCCAUCCUGCAUAUCGUCAAGCUGAGCCCCAGCAAAGCUCUGCUACUUCAGCUGCUGGACCUUGUGUGUGAGGGGAUUGAAGAGGGGCUGCUGAGGCACGCAGAAUCCCGUGGCAGAUCCCUGGAUGGGGAGCUGGACCUCAGUGAGACCAGGCUGGACCAGAAGGCCUGUGGAUCUCUGCCCUGGUUCUGGAACACUCAGAGGGUCUGUCAGAACUGGACCUCAGCCCUGUCAACCACAGACCACCACCUACAGCCCUGAUCACACACCUGCAUAAAGUACAAGUCCUGGACCUUAGUCAAAUGACAUCACUGAUGCUCUGACUGACAAAAUACUCCAACUGGUCUCCACCAACACUUCAAUACACACCGUACGACUCUUCAACAACAGAAUCCAGGACAGAAGACCCUUCCUGACAGACAAGAGGUUUAACAUCUGGUGAAACAACAUCAGGUCUAUUCCAGGAAGAGAAGGCUGAAUCCAGGACAGAAGACCCUUCCUGACAGACAAGAGGUUUGACAAAUCUGGUGAAACAACAUCAGGUCUUAGUCCAGGAAGAGAAGGCUGAAUCCAGGACAGAAGACCCUUCCUGACAGACAAGAGUUUAACAUCUGGUGAAACAACAUUCAGGUCUUAGUCCAGGGAGAGAAGGCUGAAUUAGGACAGAAGACCCUUCCUGACAGACAAGAUAAUGUUGUAUAAUAACACUAUAAUGUGGAACAAUAACUGAUGAAAUUUUAAUACAAAAGACACACAACAAACUGGUUGUUCCAGCUGGAACAGUCCGAUCAUUUAUAAACUAUAGUCAACAGACUCAUUAAAGAGAUUCUCUGCUACUUUUUGUGUACUUUAUAGCCAGUAGUGCUGAUAGUAACACUCACAAGACAAAAGUGGUCCCCGAAAAUGUUGUACAUCACAUAUGUGCACCACGUCAUUGCUCUCUCUCUCUGCUGUGGCCCGCCC